UGUAGGUGUAGCUCUAAGGCUGUGAUGAUGAAGACUGAGCGAUACGCCACCGUCCACAGCAAAGACACACACGUUGACGUUAUCAACAUUAAAGACAUUGAGGACAUUGGAUAUGUGCAGCAGGAUGCCAUUAGACAGUGGGUUAAUAGCAGGACGUGUUCUUGGAGCAUCUCAAAGCAGGAGAUGAAGUGAAGAUGGCUGAGGAACAGAACGACUCUGCCAAGACAAGACAUUUCUUAAAGGAUGUGAUUUUUCAUGGCAAAUUUCAACUGCUGAAUUCUCUGACUCCGGACGAAAGCUCGCGCUGUGGUUUUGGUUUGUACUGCAGUGAUGGACAGCGGCGUGUGGAUUACGUCCUCACCUACCAGAUCAAAAAGCCUGGCAGCUCACGUCGCCACUCGUCCCGUCUCACGGACAAUGUGCUAACACGCAGCCUGCGCCGGUCAUGUGACCCUGAACCAGGCGUCACCGAUCAACAUGACGUCGACAAGCGUCUACGGCGUGAGGAGUUCGAGAACAACCUGAGGGAGAUGGGGCUGGAGCUGGAGAGGGACGAAGACGUGAGUACUAAGACCCCUGGUGUGGGCUUUGUGAAGAUUCAUGCUCCAUGGCAUGUUCUUUGUCGAGAAGCAGAGUUCAUGAAGCUCAAGAUGCCAACAAAAAAAGUGUACGAGGUGAAGCAAAAUGGAAACCUCAUGGAGAAAAUCAACACGUUUAUUUAUAAAGUGACAGAUCCUCUGCACCCGAACGUGGAGGAGAACCGGGUAGAGAACGUGAAGCACCUCUCCUACCCGUUCUCCAGAGAGAAACAGCACCUGUUUGAUUUGUUGGACAGGGAUUCGUUUUUCGACAGCAAGACAAGAAGUUCAAUAGUGUUUGAGGUUUUGAAGAGGGCAAAAUGCACAAAGUCGAAGUUUAGUAUGGGAAUAACAAGUCUUUUGGGCAGUGGUGCGUAUCUGGCUGCGUAUCCACUACACGACGGUGAUAUAGAUGGGGAAAAUGCACAACCAAAUGACAGGAAGCUACUAUAUGAAGAGUGGGCAAGUUACAGUGUUUUUUAUAAAUACCAACCCAUUGGCCUGAUCAGGAAGUACUUUGGGGAGAAAAUCGGUCUUUACUUUGCCUGGCUGGGAGUUUAUACCCAAAUGCUGAUUCCUGCCUCUCUGGUGGGAGUGUUUGUGUUUCUGUAUGGCUGUGUUACUGUUGAUGAUGAUGUCCCAAGUAUGGAGAUCUGUGAUAGCAGGAGAAACAUCACAAUGUGUCCUUUAUGUGAUGGAGUUUGUGGUUUCUGGAAUCUGAGCACCGCAUGUGGAACAGCGAGAGCCAGUCACCUGUUUGACAAUCCAGCCACCGUCUUUUUCUCCAUUUUCAUGGCCCUGUGGGCUGCAUUCUUCAUGGAGCAUUGGAAGCGGAGGCAGAUGCGUUUGAACUAUGAAUGGGACCUGACAGGAUUUGAGGAGGAGGAGGAAGCACAGAAGGAUCACCCAAGAGCUGAGUACGAGUUCCAAGUCAUGCAGAAAUCCCUGAAGCGAGAACAGAACAAGUCCAAAAAGGCAGAGAAUGAGAAGUUGACGUGUAAAGACCGAUGUCCUGCUUAUAUGACGAAUUUAGUGAUGAUGCUUUUAAUGAUUGGUGUGACAUUUGCAAUUGUCUUCGGUGUGAUUUUAUACCGAAUUUCCACCACAUGGGCUCUGCACAUGAGCUCAAAUCCGACAACACGCUCCAAUGUUCGUCUCACUGUCAAAGCCACAGCAGCCAUCAUCAACCUAGUGGUCAUCCUGAUCCUGGACGAGGUAUACGGUGCGGUAGCACGCUGGCUAACUACACUGGAGGUGCCGAAAACAGACAAAAGCUUUGAAGAGCGACUGAUCUUCAAAACAUUCAUCCUAAAGUUUUUUAAUGCAUUUACUCCAAUUAUUUACAUCGCCUUCUUCAGAGGGAGGCUUGUUGGUCGUCCAGGCAGCUACAUUUAUGUCUUUCAAUCCUACCGAAUGGAGGAGUGUGCACAUGGUGGUUGUCUGAUGGAGCUCUGCAUUCAGCUCAGCAUUACCAUGCUGGGAAAACAACUCAUUCAGAACAACCUGUUUGAGAUCGGCAUUCCCAAACUGAAGAAGCUGAUUCGCUACAUUAAGUCAAAACGCAGUGCAUUUCAGGAAGAGGAGCGAGAAAAAACACUGCAGCGCUAUGAGACUGACUUUUUCCUUGAACCAUUUUCAGGCCUUACACCAGAGUACAUGGAAAUGAUUAUCCAGUUUGGUUUUGUGACACUGUUUGUGGCAUCGUUUCCAUUGGCACCACUUUUUGCUUUGCUCAAUAACAUCAUUGAAAUUCGCCUUGAUGCCAAAAAGUUUGUAGCAGAGCUCCGGAGGCCAGUGGCAGCACGAGCAAAAGACAUUGGUAUCUGGUAUAACAUUCUCAGAGGUGUGGCAAAAGUUGCAGUUAUUGUCAAUGCCUUCGUCAUCUCCUUCACAUCAGACUUCAUCCCCCGGCUGGUGUAUCAGUACAUGUACAGCACUGAUGGCUCCAUGCAUGGUUUUGUUAAUCACACGCUCUCACACUUCAACGUCAGUCACUUCCAGAAUGGCACAGGGCCUGUUGACUUGCUCUAUGCUGAUUUUCAGGUGGAAAUCUGCAGGUAUAAAGACUACAGAGAACCUCCAUGGUCAUCAACUCCAUACCAAGUCUCUAAAGAGUUUUGGGCCGUUUUAGCUGCCAGACUUGCCUUUGUCAUCGUCUUUCAGAACGUGGUGAUGCUUAUGAGCGACAUUGUGGACUGGAUUAUCCCAGACAUCCCUAAAGAUAUCAGCGUUCAGAUCCACAAGGAGAAGAUUCUGAUGGUGGAUUUGUUCAUGAAGGAGGAGAAGGGGAAGAACUUGAACAUUGGAGAUGAGAAAGCAAAAGAAAACAACCUGAAACACAGUCCUGUCCUCCACCCAAGACCGCUCACACACACUCAGAGCAACUGCUACUAAUGUGUGUGUUUGUGUGUGUGUUUGUGUGUGUGUGUGUGUGUGUGUGUGUGUGUGUGUGUGUGUGUGUGUGUGUGUAUAUGUGUAUAUGUGUAUAUGUGUCUGUGUUUGUCAUGACAUUCCACAGAUUAGUCUUUUGUUGGUCUUUGGAGAAUUUUGUUAUUUAUGAAUUACAUUGGUUACUUGUUAAGUUAAUUAAUCACAUUCAUCCCAAUUACCAUGUGACAGUCCUAUGAGUCGGGGAGGUGAACUGAUCAUUGGAUUUGCAGACAGAGACAGAGAUCACUUUCUUCACUUCCGUGGGAUUGAAGCCCCUCAUCAGCUGUCUAAAGGAUCACUAAUUGUUUUUAUAAGGAAUCGGUGUAAAAGAGGUUUGGAGUUAUGAUUAUAAGGUUUAUGAUUGUUAUAAUAAUAAUUUAUUUAUUAGUCUCCAGUGAACACUUUAUGCUGAGAAUUGUUGUGGUUAAUAUGAAAAAACAUUCUUAUGUUCAGUCUUAAAUUUUAAGAAAUAAAUUAAAUGAACAAUGCAGAAGGAAA